AGCGCCAGGGCGGUAGAUUGUCAGAUCCAAAGCAGCCUCCAUUCUGCGAUAUGUCACAGAAUAGUCGGUGACAUAUCAAGUUGAUGCAUGUUGUAUUUUUCACUGGAAUCAGAUUGAGUUUCUCCUCUCUGAUCGAAGAGAAUGAUGGGUUUGUGAAAGGCGGAGACUCCAUGGAGAGAGGCGAAGAAGAGACGAGAAGAGACGAGCAGGAGGAGAUUGGCAGCGAACGUGCUGCACAGGACUGGGAGGAAUUCGUUAGUGAAAACCCUCCUCCACCUUCACCUCCUCCGACAUUCGAACAGUGGAGAGAAAAUUGGGAGCCCAAACUCAGAGAGGCGAGUAGGGAAAGGAAUGUUGAAGUCCUCAGGAGUAUUCUAUAUGACGAUUGUCCUCUUCACGAUGCCGUUGAACACGGUGAAACCGACUUUGUUCGGGAGUUAACUCAAUGUAGAUUCUUCGACCCAGUAGGCGAGGAUGCUGAUCUAUCUAUCUUUAUUUUCAAAUUAGUCAUCGAAAUAUUUGCAGCUCGAUCGGAGUCGUAUUCUCGGGUAUCUAUAUUUAGAAUUUUAAAGCUAGAACCGCUUCCGCGCCUUGUUCGUUUCUCAAACUUGACAAAGUAUUUUGACAAAAUUGACAAAACAAAUAUUUUGAAAUACAUAGUCCCAGUAGAAGAUGGGUAUAAGGAUUCUCCCAGUUUUGAGAAGCUUUCUCAUGCUCUUAUCAAACGGUUAAAAGCUCUAGUGAUGAAUGUCGAGUCACCAAUAUAUCUUCGCACGCCCCUGCAUGUUGCUGUGUUGAGUGGACAUCAAGAUAUAGCAGAAUAUCUACUGGACAAGCAGGAGAAACUUGACGAAUGUGUUUCUCUUUUCGAAACAAAUUUCCACAGAGAUGCUUAUGGUCUGACUCCGUUGCACUAUGCUGUUCUCAUAGAAUCCAAAAGCUUCGUGAAAUUAUUCGUUGAAAGCCACUCUUACUCCGCGUUUGUCAAUGUGGGUGAAUUCUCUCAACGCACGCCACUGCAUUUGGCCUGCUCUCGGCGGGACCUGCAACGGGAUACCCAUGCUACGGACGUGGUUGCAAUACUCGUGGGUAACUCCAGCGUAGAUCUGAACGCGAAGGACUGCUGUGGUUACACGCCGCUCCAUUGGGCCGUACACGUAGGCGCGCUCGGCGCCGUCAACCUUCUCCUGGAAAGAAAAAUCAAACUCGACGAGAAGGAUGUCGACGGCAACAACGCCCUUCACCACGUACAUGCAGCGGCGCGGUCGACAGCAGGCGACGUGCAGAGACGGGACUUAAUGCUGGAACUGGAGAGCGUCGUCACGUCGGAUCCAAGGGUGGAGAAGAGAAUCGAUCGCAUGUAUCGCGAUCGACAGGUGUACGUGGACGCCGCCAAUGCGAUUCUGGUAGGCGCUGCCGUCAUCGCCAGCGUGACGUACGGAGGAUGGCUGCAGCCUCCGCUGGGCGACCACGACGAGCACACGAGAAGGAUCGCGCGCCUCUUCUGGGGCUUCAACAGCUUGUCCUUCUCGUUCGCCAUCGCCACCGUCAUGGCCGGAGCGGGAGCGGUCUUGCCCGCGGGGGACUUGUACAUAGAGGACGCCGUGGCGCGAGUUCGCGACUGGUUGGCCGUGACGGCCUUCCUGUUGUUGGUGUCGGCCGCGUUCGUGCUUGGAGCGUUCGGCGCAGCGGGGUUCGCGUCCAUGACCACGGUUGGCGAUCUGGAGGCCAACAUGACGGUCACGACGAUCGUCGGGGGCGCGGUGUGGCUGCUCAUCGCGUCGGUCUUCUUGCGGGGCCUGUCCAGAGUCAGCAGCGUAUGGCCGUCGAAGCGACUGUUGACAGGGUGUGCGCGGCUAUUCUCUUCACCUUCUGCUCCUCUGCGAACGCAGCGUGGAAUCUCCAUAGUUCUGUACGAACAGUUGCGGCUCUCUAAGCAGCCUGUAAACUUUAGUGUUGUGAAUCUUCAAGUACUUGCUACUGAGUCUCGUACUCACCGUGAUAUUAAAACCAUUCAUCAAUGGAUACAGUUUCCAACUACGUUCUCCUGCAGACAGUUUUGCAUGGAGAGGGAUUCUCUUUUCCCUUUUAGGUGUAGUGAACCGAGUUGGAAAUUUGAAUCAUGAUUUUGGAGUUUCUGUCCGGAGCAUAAAUAGGUCUCCAUUAACAGGCAGUAAAAAAGCAAUUUUUAAUUAACA